UAGCCAUCUUCAUCGAGGUUGGCCAACAAACUUAUCUAGAUGAUGUAGCAUUGUCUUUGUUGUUGGGUCUAAACUGUUUGUUACAUGGGUUAAAGUUGAAAGGAAAAUUAUAGUUUUUUCCUUACCUUUUGUUCUACGCUUUAUGGUUUAAUGAUUUUCUUCUUCUUGGUAAGGCCGUAAGGGUGUGCUGCAAUUGCAAUACCUUAUGAAUUACUAUCUUUAGUUACCAUCUUCCCCAAUUCGAGGUGGAUUACUGUUCUUGUAGAACUUGUCUUCUAGAAUGGGAAUGUCAAGGUAGGUUUCUUAACAGCGUUGAUUCUUUUGGGUAAAAAAAUAAAAAAACUCGUCUUGUUCAAAACAAAAUCGGAGACCAAAUUCAGUUCUAAAACGGAGGAACCGGCAUUGGCCCCAACUGGCAAUGCUACCACAUGGAUCCUACAAAAAUCUCUGGCACAUGACAUCGCGGCGCUGUCCAACUCCAACCGGCGAGCUGCUUGCUUUUAUUUAUACGAGCCCCAUGGCCGCUUGCAUCAGUCGUUUGCCCCUGUGGUCUCUCUCCCCCUCUCCUGCAGCUCAACAAGGAAGAAGAGGGACUCCACCACCACACCACUUGCUCCAUCUUUAGAGCACGACUUACGAAGAGUGCCCAGGCCAUCGCCGCCGACCAACAAAAGCCCCCUCGUUUGUUCGUGGAACUCGGCUCCUGCAGUCUUGCUUUCCAAAGACACUCCUGCCCCAGUCUCAUAAUUGCUUAGAAUAGAAUCACCACCAUUUCCGAAUCCUUCCAGAGCUGCCGAUCACAGAUGAGGAGGCAAUCCAAGAGGCCCACCGCCAGCCGUGAAUCCCCAGAAACAGCUCGCUGUCACAAAGCUGCAGAAAGAAUGUUCCUUGCAUUUUAGGGGAAUUCGAGCCUCUGGUAGUUAAAUCGCACGCACGCGCGUGUUGUAUUGCAGUGGAGAAGCUGGCGUUCGCGGAGGAAGAGGCCCUGACGGCGGGGAAGAUGGAGCCCGACGAGGGCGAGAUGGACGUCGACGUGGACGACGAAGAGGAGGACGAGCUGGCCGGCGGGCGCGGCGCGGCGCGGUCGUCGCCGUGCGGGCUCGGCGAGAAGAAGCGGCGCCUGUUGCAGGAGCAGGUGCGCGCGCUGGAGCGGUGCUUCGAGACGGACAACAAGCUGGACCCGGACCGCAAGGCCCGCAUCGCGCGCGACCUCGCCCUGCAGCCGCGCCAGGUCGCCGUCUGGUUCCAGAACCGCCGCGCCCGCUGGAAGACCAAGACGCUGGAGCGCGACUUCUCGGCGCUGCGCGCGCGCCACGACGCCCUCCGCGCCGACUGCGACGCGCUCCGCCGAGACAAGGACGCACUCGCCGCCGAGAUAAGGGAGCUGAGGCAGAAGCUGCUGUCCAAGGCGCCGGAGGCUGCGGUGAAGCUGGAGGCGACGACGGGCAAUGACGCGGCGGAGGAGCGCCAGACGACUGCCGGCGCGCCGCCCGCGGGGGUCUGCAAGGACGGCUCCUCGGACAGCGACUCCAGCGUGGUCUUCAACGACGUCGAGACGUCGCCGUACUCCGGCGCUGCGGCGUUCGAGCAGCCGGCCUUCGUCGGGUUCGAUGCGCCGUUCUUGGACACAUCGGCGGCGGCACCGACAGGCUGCUCGUCUCCCCCCGUGUUCGAGCCCAAGUGGCAGCACGGGCCGACGACAUACCCUUUCGACUCGUACAAGACCUGCGCCGGCGGCGGCUAUGGCUUCACGGAGGAGUGGCUCGCCAGCUCGGACGUCAUCGGCAACGACGGCGCGGCGGGCUUCUUCUCCGAGGAUCACGCCUCCAGCCUCAACUUUAGCUGGUGCGCGAGUGGCGUCCAGGGAUGGGAGUGACCGAGGGUUUUUGAUCUGCAGGGUUAGUGUAAAAACCUGUGUCAUGUCAUGUUACGGUGGCAUUGUACGUGCAUGGAACUCGAGUUGCAACAAGGCACCUAGUGUGGCCAAAGCUAGCAGGCGGGAACAGGAGCUUUAGUACUAGCCAGUGACAAUAACGGAUAACUUGAGCCAAGCUAGUGGAUGUAAUGUAAAAAGUAAAAGGAAGCCGUCGUGCCACUACCACUUGGAUGCAAUGCAGCGAAUCGGCACCGAGAGCAUCUAAAUGAGGCAACGGGGAAUUGAUAAGCAGGCUGCAAUUUAUGCCGGCUAUAAUAAGUCAAAUUUCUAAUGAAAAUACGUGUUCUAGUA